UUCCCCUGCAGACAGCUGAACCAGCCGUCGUUCGUAAUAGAACGCUGAUAUAGGUCUGAAGUAUGUCGAAGGCACGGAAGUUCGUCAUCACGAGACUCUUCAAAGGAGAGCCGAAAGUCAGCGACUUCAAGCUCGACAGCGAAGACAUCCCGGUCCUGCAGGAUGGCCAGAUACUGUGCGAAGCGGAAUUCAUCAGCGUCGACCCCUACCAGAGGGCUUACACCGAGGGCCACGGAGUUGGACGCACCAUGAUUGGAUCACAGGUGGCACGCAUCGUGGAAAGCCGAGCUGACGGCUACCCGGCGGGUCGCUAUGUAGUGGGUGCUUGGGGCUGGCGCGACCGCACCGUGGUCGACGUGGCGAACGCAGACAAAGACUUCCUGCUGCCGAUCCUGGUGCCGGACCUCGGCGGUCUGCCGCUGUCGCUGUCGCUGGGGGUGCUGGGCAUGCCGGGAGCCACCGCCUACUUCGGACUGCUCGACAUCUGCGACCCCAAACCGGGGGAGGUGGUGGUCGUCAGCGGCGCGGCGGGUGCCGUUGGCUCCAUAGCGGGACAGAUAGCACGCAUCAAGGGCUGCAGGGUCAUCGGCAUAGCAGGGUCUGACGUUAAGGUUAAGUGGGUGAAGGAGGACCUAGGGUUCGACCAAGCCUUCAACUACAAGACUGUGAACUUGGACAAGGCGCUGAAGGAGGUUGCCCCAGAUGGCGUCGACGUCUACUUCGACAACGUGGGAGGGGAGCAGAGCAGUGCGGUGAUCGCCAACAUGAGGCACCGCGGCCGCAUUGCUGUCUGCGGCUGCAUCUCCGUCUACAAUGAGAGCCAGGUAGCCGUGGCACCUGUCAUACAGAUGCACGUCGUGUCCAGGGAGCUCAGGAUGGAGGGCUUCGUGGUGGCCCGCUGGUCCGGCCGCUGGGACGAGGCGUUCAGAGAGCUGGGCCCGUGGAUCAGGGAGGGCAGGCUCAAGUACAGGGAGACCGUCACCGAUGGCUUCGUCAACACGCCGCAGGCCUUCAUCGGCAUGCUCAGGGGAGAGAACCUGGGCAAAGCCGUCGUCAAAGUUUGAUAAUUUGAAACCCACUUCUGGACUGAGAGAAACAGCGCGAAGGCUAUCAAAAAUUAACUACACUUUCCAUUCUCUAAUGUAUAAUGGAGAUCUAAAAGGUUCUGUUUGAACGCCCUACAGUCCACAGUCAAUAUGCCAAUAAGGAAAAUCGCCUUGAGCAUUGAGGCAAUACAUCUCACUGACGUACCAGGUUGAAGAUAUCAGCAUGGUGAAACACUGUGUGUGCGUGUGAAGAAGUCCGUAACAGCUGCACAUCAUCGUUCGACAUUUAUUGUCGAUCCUUCAACGCCAUGUUUAAGGGCAGGUGCUCGAGUAUCACCCAUGUGAGUUGGCAACCUCGACCAGCACAGAGCUUGGUGCACCAUUCCACAAAGGUGGUUUUCCUCCCCUACACACAUUCUUCGUUCUCCGAUGAAUGGCUACAGAUGUUUUCACUUUCGGUAGUCAAGAAAAAAUUAACAGCACAUUCAUUGUAUUUGGACGCAUUUUGUAAUAAAGUUAUG